AUAUUGAAUGUUUUUCUUCUGUUAGAGUUAGUUUUUUGUAGUUUGUGAUAAAGAGUAGUCGAAUAAAAGAGUAAUACUACAGAUCUUAACGCACGCAUACAAUCAACUCAAGAACUUAUAAUUAGAGGAAAUAUAGGUUCCUCACACACUGCUUGUAAGAUCUUUUAAAAAGAAAUUGUAUGAUCUUGUGAUAAAAUUUCAACAUUCUCGCUGACAAGAUUAUAUAAUUUCUUGCUACAAAAUCUUAACAUUUCUUCUAAGCUGAUCUUGUAAAAGAUCUUACGAGGAGACGUUACAGGAUUCUGCACAAUCAUUCAUGAUCUUGAGAUAAGGUCUUGCCAAAAGAUCUUGUAGCACAAGAUUGUAUAAGAAAUCAUAAGAUCUUGUAAGGCGUCUUUCACCUGGAUGUGUCUUUUCGGUCACUGAAGGUAAAUUCAUAAUCUUUCUACUAUUAAUUUUGAGUUUUUCAAUUCUCUUAUAGAAUGUCAAAUUUCUUACACAAAAAGGCUCCAUUUGAGUACUAUUCGAAUUUGAAAACAAUAUCAUCCUUCAGCUUUGGACGAUAAUAUUCUUAUGUGUGAUAAACAUAACCGGAAUAAGUUAUUGUUCAAAACAAAGAGUUAACAUGUGGUAUCAUGAUAUUUCGUUGAUUAAUUAUAGAAGUAAAGAGAUGACAUUUAUGCUUGAAAAAUCUAGAUUCAUUAGACAGUAAAACUGAGACACCCUUUGAUAUCUAUGACAGCUAAAGAUCAGUUAGUGACGGAAAUAGCAGAUGAUGCAGAAAAUCAGUUUCAAUUAAAGCUAUGUUUUUCUUUUAUAUAAACUUUUUUUUUAUAUCAAUGAAAUACAGAACAAAUCGAGAUAGUUGUCACAUUACAUGUUCAUAGUUUGCUUUAAUACAUGACUUAGAAAUCUCAAGUUUAUAUCGUUACUGAAAAGUUAACAAGGAAGAAAAUAGAUGCUAGAAGAGAAAGAAAGACCAGAAAGAGGAAGAGUUAGACUAAUUUCGGAUGAUGUAGACGAGUGAGAGAGUCAAAUAGAAUGAUUAUGAUGAAAUAUAAUUUAUUAAAAAUACCGAGGCCGAAUAGAUGAUAAUAAUGUCGAUUACGUUGUAAAACAACUUCGUUUCAAUUUUGUAUGCAUAUGAUCGAAAAUUAUCUAAAUAGAUUGAGCUCUUCGGUUUUUAGUUUAGAGUUAAAUUAAAUUGUGAAAUUUAUUAUCAUCGCACUCUUAAUAAUCAAGAUUAUUUUACUAGAAUAUGGGUGAUAUUUUCAUUUAUUGAAUACUUUACAAAUACUUAUGAUUUAUACAUUUUUUUCUUUUUGCAAAUAAAACAUUUUAGUUGCUUAUAUAUGAAUAACGAAUAAAGUGUGCUAAAUAUUUUAGUAUGCUGCAUAAUUGACUUAUAUUUUUUGUAUAUAUUUUAGGUAAUUUAAAAGAUCGUUUAGAUUUAGCCUUUUCAAUGUAUGAUGUUGAUCAAAAUGGAUUUGUUGAUAAGAAAGAAAUGACAAAAAUUAUUUCGGCUAUUUAUGAUUUAAAUGGUGAAACAAAUCGAAAGAAAGAAAAUGCACCGAGUAGAAGAGCGGAAGUGAUCAUUAAAAAAUUUGAUGUUAGCGAAGAUAAUCGUUUAUCGAGAGAAGAAUUCAUUAGUGGAUGUCUAAACGAUCCGGAAUUACGAGCUUUGCUUGCUCCCUAA